GAUCAUGGAGUCUUCCAGGACCUUCAUGAGACAUCUGCCAAUCACACCAGGCUACAGUGGCUUCGUGCCCUACCUCAGCUGCCAGCAGGCCACCAGCAAGGACAGCAUGGCCCACUGUCUGAAGAUCUUCCAGGAGAUCACACAGCGCUAUAAAAACCAGAUGGAGGAAUUUCGCUGCUCAGUAGCCACUGCCCGGAGGCUGAAGCCCGUCUGCUCCGAGGAGACCGUCCUGCGGGCGCUGCACCAGUAUUACCAGCAAUAUCACCCCCUGAGUCUGGAAUGCAAAAACAUCAAGAAACCCCUCUACGAGCCCCCGAUCCCUGGCUGGGCUGGCUACCUCCCGAGAGCCAGGGUCACCGAAUUAGGCUGCGCCACGCGGUACACUGUCAUGGCCAGAAACUGCUACAGGGACUUCCUGGGCAUCAUGGAGCAGGCCAGGAGGGCACACCUGAAGCCAUUUGAGGAAAUGUAUGGCAAGGGGUCCACCCAACCUCCUUCCGCCCCUUCUCCAAAAGUUUUGCAGCAUGAAGGAUCGCUGCCCAAUUGUCUGGAUUUUUCUGUCACAGGUGGCAGCUGUCUUGCCCACGGGAGACCCCUGACCGAGGAACCCAGACCUCCAGUGACAUGUGGCUGUGCCCAAGGGACAAAUAUGUCGUGCAGCGGGAAGAUUUACCUCGAGCCACUGUUCUCAGCAAAGUAUGCGGAAAGCUGAGGCAGCCAGCCUGCCGAGGAGAGGGGAACUUAGCAGGGGACUCAGAAACUCAUCACUCUUGCGUGAGAACCAGCCCCUCCCCCACACCCAACAGGCCCUAGGAAAAUUUCAAAACCUAAGAAUCCUUUCAACUGCCACCGGCUCGCUGUCUGUUUGGCAACAGCAUGUCAUUAAUGAUAAAGACAUUUCACUGCGGUGUCGGAAUAAAGAAGCUACUUCUCGGCAUGCAGAAGGUUUCUGUGGGGGCUGGGGGUUCCUAGGCUGUGUUGACCUUGAGAAGAGCCGGGGUGAGAUUCAUCUCUUCCUUACCUUGAGGUAACAUUGUGCACCUGGAUCAGGCUCUUAUGGAAGCCCUGGCCCAGCGCACCAACCAACCAGCGGUCCCUGUCAGCCAUCUUGGGUCCUGACCUGGUGGCCUGAUGGUAUGCCUACCCAACCCUGGUGUUUCAGAAUCCCACUCCUCAGGGGACCCUGACUGGCGGACACAAGAUGUAUUUGUUUCACAGCCCUGCUGUAACGGUACCUCCCACUGGAUUGCCAAUAAGACAACAGAAGUGUAUUACCUCAUGGUACUGGAAGCCAGAAAUCUAAAUUCAAGGUGUUAAUAUGGAAACCUCAAGGGAGACUCCUUCCUUACCUCUUUCUUUCCGCCUCCUGGUGGUUUGCUGGAAAUCCUCGGCCUUCCUCGGUACGUAACUACUAUCUCUAUCAUUAUGGUCCUGUGACGUCCCCUCUGUGUGUCUGUGUCUUCACAUGGCUGUCGUCUUAUAAGGAUGCCAGUCACCCUGGAUUAGGGCCCAUCCUUUUCCAGGAUGAGCGUGUCUAAGCUUAGCUCAUUAUACCUGCAAUGAGCCCCUUUCCAAAGAAGUCCUAGGCUGAGGCAUCCAGCGGCCCUCAGAAGACGUCAGGUGCAGCUCGUGGAGCAGCGAGACCAUCGCAGACGUCCAAAGGCUCAGUAACGGGCAGAGCCAAAACAGUACAGCACUCGGCUCCUGGGAGACCUGCCCAGGGCAGAGAAAUCAGAUGCCAAAUCUUUUACUCUAAUGAGUACAAAGGACUUUGGUGAGAAAAAAGUCACCUCUCAACUGUUUUUUACGAACCUCCCAAAUGUGACUUAGCAUUCCCUUUACUUAACGCAACAAACCACAGGCAUCCCGUUCCGUUGGCCUGAGCCACAGAUCCGUCUGUAUCAUGACGUUUGCUGCGUACAGCGUCGCAAAAUGUUAGUCUUGAUCGUACUAUAGAAUGAUGUGGUUAUUAGAGCGACUGUAUCGACAUUCUAACAUACGGCUAUUCAAUCUGUGCCUAAAGAAGCACAUGGUUGGGGGGCACCUGAG